AGUAGUUGUUUAACAAGUAAAUUGUUUAUAGAUGAUACACGCUUGGCUCAUCAAUAUCUGAACAGAUGUCGGGAUUGAGAUUCAGUAAUAUGUGAAGAUAAUGUCAGUAACAGUGACGGUAAGAGAAUCUGAAAACCUGCAGAGCACCGGACUUCAGUCUGACGAAAACACAAAAAAUACUGAUGAUGUUGAUGAUUACAGAGAAGUUGAAGUGGUUGAAUUUGAUAACUGUUCACAAGGUUUGGGUCUGAAGAUAUUUGGUGGAUCGAGUAUCGAUGUCACAGAACAGUACGGUAUAUUUGUGAAGAGAAUUCUUCCUGGUGGACUGGCAGAGACACAUAGUAACCUGCAGGAAGGUGACCAAAUCUUAGAAGUUAAUAACACCAGGCUGGAUGACGUCUCGAAUGAAAGGGCCGUGUCCAUUUUGAGACAAGCUUCUGCCUCUGAUCAUGUUCAGAUGGUCGUUGCUCGAGAUGAGGAAGCCAGGAAUGAGUACUUGAGGUUUGUGAAGAACCACACUAGCCAAAGUCCUUUCUCUGAGAGUCCGGGGAGUCCAUGGCCAUCACAGACAGCAAGUAUUAGUCCUGGUUCCCCAAUGUCGAACGAGGCUGAGGCAAGUUCUGGGUUUUUAGACCGGAGCGAUCCACUUUUAUCACCUUUUUCGUCUGCAUGUCACUCACCACGUAGUGUCGAUAGGUUAGGAAAGUCACCCGGUAACUCACUGUCCCGACAUCACUCCAUAGAUCCACACGAAAAACUCAAAGUGGAAAAGUUACAAGUUGCUCUGCGUUUCCUUGGCUUGGAGCCGACACCAGAACAGCGACAGGAACUACACAGCAGACUAGAGGUGGAUGAAGAGGGAAAGGUCAGCUAUGGAGAUUUUGUAAGAGCAGCUAAAGACGUCUUCCAUAUGCAGCGUAAGUGUCGCAACAUCAUCUGGCCUGGCAGUGCAGUUAUCCUAGCGGCAGCCGAUGUUGCACAGAAUGACGGAGAGACGUAUGAAGAUGAGAUUGAGGAAGAUUUUGAUGCAAUUAUUCAAGAAAGGAAUGAGCUUCGUGCUGAAAAUCAGAAACUUAAGGAGAUAUUACAAGAGAAAGAUAGAGUGUCCCAUCUUGAACUUCUUAAAGUCAGACAUGAGGCUCAGUGUGCCAUCCAGGAGUGCAGAGACCUGCGUAAAAAGUAUGAAAUCGCACAGAAAGCCCAGCAGGCAGCCCGCGGGAUAGAACAGGACUACGAGGAUGUCGUGUCACUGCUGGAAAACGAAAUCACUCAGCUCAGAAGUCAGCUUGCUAAACCGGAGAGUGGUCACAAUGGAAGCAGCACUGUUCAGAAACGACUGGCCGUUCUCGUGUGUCAGCUGAAGAAAGCAGAGAAUGGAAGACGAACGUAUGAAGUAGCUACCGAAAAACUUCUUGGCUAUGUCGAGCAAGUCCACAACACACUGUCACCCCCGACAGACAAUAUACAAAGCAGGAAUUCUGGAGAGGGUGAUAAGAACAGAGGUGGAAGUCUGCAGAAGAAGAACAAGAAGUUGACAACGAAAGCGCUACUCAAGGAAGGUCAGGAGGUCGUCAAGGCCGUUAAGUCUCUCAUAGAGACAGUCGCUUUGCCAUUUGGUUGGGAAGAAGCAUACACUUCUGAUGGCACAAAGUAUUAUAUUAAUCACACUAACCAGACGACGACAUGGACUCACCCAGUGUCGGGGGUGCAGCACCAGUCCAGUGAUCCUGCUGAUAGGAAGCCUCAGACUGAACCACAUCACAAGAACAUGCCACGGAGCUAGCAGACAUACAAAAAACAACAACCUAGUCCAUGUAACUAACAAAGUGUGAAAACUCCAGUUCACAUAACAAACAAAAAAUAAACAUCCUUAACAAAAAACUCUUUAAGUAAAUAGCAGAUGUUUUAAAUAACUAGCUGAUGUAACAAACCAAAAACACAUCUCAGGAAUGAAAAUGGUAAUAAUCUAGCAGAUGUUGAAAUGCAUUGUUUGUCCAUCGUAAUAAUGUAAAUGCCCAUAAGAGCUAGCAGAUGUUACAACAGACUCAUUCAUUGGUGAUGUUAGAAGCUCGGACUGGGUGGCCAUGUGUAAUAAUAAGUGGAUUUUACAUGGAAUCAAAGAAUACCCUGUACACACUAUGGACAUGUGAACACAUGUAGGUAGUAGAUGCUAAAAUAUUGUGGUUAGUAGCAGAUACCAAAGUACAUUAUGUUUAGCUUAUCAAAACAAGUACUGUAUAUCGCUGUGUGUUAGCCAAAUUUUUAAGCCUAUGAAAACAACCAAGAGAAGAGGGGUUGGCCAAUACAAGGAAAGGAGUCCGCAAAAAAUGUCUUAAGAAAAUAUUGUUGUGUACGGAAAUAUACUAAUGAAAACUUGUAUGUCAAUGUAGGCUUCAAAAGCUUACUGCUGCAUUAUGUAACCAGUAUUUGUAACAACCUCUAGGAAGUCCCAUACCAGUGUCCAUUUGAUUGUUUCAUAUACACAAUAAAAGAUAUUUUAUUUGAGAAAUUAAAUCAAAUUUAUUUUAUUUUUAUUCUGUCGACAAUUUCAGGUAAAAGUGACCGACAAGUAGUGCCUGUAUUUGGUGCCAAAUUUAUCACGUGAUCGGAAUGGUCAAUAAGUCUUUUUAAAACCACUGAUAUUUUGUCCCCAACUGCAGAUUUAAUUGGUCUGAACUGAUGAUUUUUACUUACUGUCAUUGUUGAGUCUUCAAUUCCUAAUAAAUUAUUAGAAACUACGUUUUAUUAGAUAUAUAACAACUUAUCAAAAGAACGGAAGAGGUAGUGUUCAUCAUUGCAAUUAUCUGUCAUGGGUGUUAAAUAAUAUUUACACUGCCGUAUAAAAGUGAAACUACAUUUUUCAGCUAGCGAUGUCCAUGCAAUCGAUUCAAUCGAGAAAUAAAAGAACAGAACAAAGUUAUCCCACAUUAGGGGAUUUUUUUUAGAAACCUUUAUUCUUUUUUAGCCUCUCUUAAAAUCUUUAUAAAAGUAGUUUUUGUACAUUGUACUUUGAUUUGUUCCCAAAACAAAUUCCCGCGAUUGACUGUUGCACAAGACCAACAUUAUCUCCUUUGGAUAUAUCUAUAUUUUUGCCCGUUUCAACUACGUAAAAGUUGAGUCGGCUUAUACAUCAUACCAACCUUUUUGUACAAGAUAUUGAGGGGCAAACUAAGGGGUUGGCUUAUCUAUCCACAGACUCGGCUAAUACACAGCGAUAUAUGGUAGAUGUAGAAAUAGCAGAAAGUGGUAGAUACAAAAAUAUUAGAAGGUAGCAGACGUUAGUAUAUAUAAAAGUAGGAAGUAGAAAACUACAAAUGUGUGGAGUAAAAUACAGUCAGACUUCGUUAAACGACUGUCGUUACUACAACAUUUACACCAUCCGACUACAAAUUGUCUGGAAUAAAUAUACAUCAGUGUUAUUCUGUUCAUUACACCGGAAUUCAUACCUUCCGACACCAUCAGAGCAAAUUAAGAACAAACGUGCAUCCGACGUCUGAAAACACCUCUUUACAAUAACAUUACAUAAUCACAGAUACCUUCCACAUUGGCAGUACACACACAACCUCUUAGAAUCCUUGUUCUCGUAUAUUUAAUAUUUGUUGUUUUUAAUAAUAACUGAAAUGCAUUAAUUAUUUAAAUGCUAUUCAGUCAUCGGUUAAUAUUAAUUAGUAUUUUUUGUUACGUCAUUUUGGCAGAGGAGAUAACUCUUGACAAUUCAAUAUAAUGGCAAUUUCGAUAUAACGACAAAGUGACCCAGGGACGAACAUGGUCGUUGUAGCGAGGUCUGGCGGUAUAUGUAAGAUGGAGCUGAAAAAACUAAAUAUGUAAAACUUAUCCAAAGACAAAGAGGUAGCAGACAAAAUGUAGGAGUCUCGUAUAGGUUGACAAAACAUGAAGGAGGUAGCAUACAAAAUGUAGGAGUCUCGUAUAGGUUGACAAAACGAAGGAGGUAGCAGACAAAAUGUAGGAGACAUGUAUAGGAGGUCGAUAAAAGAUAGGAGACGAGACAUGAAGAAGGUACAAAUAUCACAAAACAUUCAAGUAGAAGGUAGACAUUAAAACAAAUUACUACUACUGUUAAUCAACUGAACUCGAGUAGAAGGCAGACAUUAAAAAAGCAAUCAUAUAGCAGAUAGUCUGCAUCACAAAACAAGUAGAAGAUGGUGAAACAGAGAUGUUUAUUACUACUGUUACAUCAAUUCAGUUGAUUCAACUGCUCAGAUGUGAUCUUGUGGAAACAUUAUCUGAACUCCAAACCAGUAAAGACAAAGUAUACCAAGCACAAUAUUUUGUUUAUAUCUGAUUGAAAAUGUUAAAACAGACUUUUUUUAUAUAUGCAAAAAUUGUAAUGAGUUAACAAUGCAAUUUAAGUAUUGACUUACUUAUUUGAUUUUCGUCUUAUUGAAAUAGCAUACAGCAUUAUAACAGGAGAGCAUUAUAACAGAUGUUGUGAAUAUUUAAGUUGUAUGCUCUUUAACUAUUUAAUGUUCACUUUUCUAAAAUAAGUUUGUUGUUAAUUAAUGCAAACUGAAAACAACAUAUCAUUGAAACCUACUGGCAUGUUUUAGAUAUUAUAGACUGAGAAAGGUGAAACAAAACAUAUUUUAUUGUUAAGCCAGGAAAACUUUGGAUUCCUUGUUGACUUGGUACAUACUUGAAACUAUUUCACAUGCUUUGUGAUGGGAGAUUUUCAGUGGUGAGAACAAAGAUACACUACCUGAAACAUUGGUGCAUUUUAUUCCUCUCCAUUCUAUGCUUAUGCAGUGCUCAAAAUAGGAAGUAAGAUACGGCCUUUUGUUCUUUUGUUUAUAAAUAACAGGCCAAAAGAAAUAUGGCCUGCUGGAAAUAAGAUGGCACAUGGCGAGUGGAGGGUCUAGGACAAUGUUAUGUGUGGAAAAUUAGUAUAAACUGUAUUUCUGAGCUGUACUUCGGAGCAUUAUAAUGGAAAUAAGCCACUCAUGGUGAGUGGAGGGUCUAGGACAAUGUUAUGUGUGGAAAAUUAGUAUAAACUGUAUUUCUGAGCUGUACUUCGGAGCAUUAUAAUGGAAAUAAGCCACUCAUGGUGAGUGGAGGGUCUAGGACAAUGUUAUGUGUGGAAAAUUAGUAUAAAAUGUAUUUCUGAGCUGUACUUCGGAGCAUUAUAAUGGAAAUAAACCACUCAUGGUGAGUGGAGGGUCUAGGACAAUGUUAUGUGUGGAAAAUUAGUAUAAACUGUAUUUCUGAGCUGUACUUCGGAGCAUUAUAAUGGAAAUAAGCCACUCAUGGUGAGUGGAGGGUCUAGGACAAUGUUAUGUGUGGAAAAUUAGUAUAAAAUGUAUUUCUGAGCUGUACUUCGGAGCAUUAUAAUGGAAAUAAACCACUCAUGGUGAGUGGAGGGUCUAGGACAAUGUUAUGUGUGGAAAAUUAGUAUAAAAUGUAUUUCUGAGCUGUACUUCGGAGCAUUAUAAAAUUAACAUAUAACAGAAUCACAAACUCAGCCUCAGUUAAAUACAAGAUGAGAUAAUCAUACAUACAUCUGUCUCCUAAAAAUGACCUGCAAUUUUGUUUCGUAAUUUUAUCAGGUGAAUUUUUAUUUCACCUGCUCUGUCUAAAAAUGGACUGCUUUUCGCUUUUCUCAGGCCACUAUUUCAAACCCUGUUAUGAGUGGUUGGAAUGAAUAUUUUACAUGUUUACCAAAGGUGUAGCACCCAUUACUCACAAUACGCAUGUGCAUAAUGCCAAAAAAUCGAGGAAUAGGUUGGGCUGUCUGUAAUUGUUCUAUAAAAUAUCCUCUUCCCUUUUUCAGUAAUUAAGUUUCCCCAAUAAAGCGGCCUGCGUAAUGCUAAAAGUUUUUUGGCUACACCCAUGUUUCCAAUCCCUAUCUGGUCAGACACUUCUAAAACAAUUUUCACUAUACACUCUUUCAAAACAGCAAUACUGCCAUCUGUUGAUAUUAAUGUCUUGCAUAAUAAUAUAAUUGUCAUAAUGUAUAUUUAAAAAUCUGUGUUCUAGUACACAAGUAUUCUGAAAUGUUUUAUUGAGUUGAAUAACUGGGAUUUGUUUGCUGAAAUUGUGUGAGUAUGUUGAUUUAAACAUAUUGUAGUAUACACGUUGAGCAUAAGUGUGGCAUUAUUGUUAAACUACGCAAUAAAAAUCUAUGAUUUUGAAAUUUUGAAUAGAUGGAGUUCUGCAAGUUUGCUUUAAUUGUGCUGAAUGCUGUGAUUUUGACUCAUGAUGCAGUUAACUUUCUGUGCAUAAUGAUAAUUAUUUGUCAAUGCAUUCUGGUGAAAAAGAUCUGUAUUUACACCUAUUAGAUAUUUGUGGAGAGACAUGUUUGCCUAUUAUUAUUAUUAUAUGAUUUGAGUCAUAGUUUUAUAUUUCUCGUCAGGCAUUCGCCAUGAUUGACUUUCUGUUACAUGUAAUGUUGUUCUUUGUGGAACGAAUCUGUAUGAUUUUAAUGUUGUUAUAUUCAAGAUUUUGUUUGGAAUGUUUUAGGAGGUUUAUGUUAUGCAGGUACUCUUUGUUUUACAUUUGUUCAGUAUUGUAUAUCUGAAUGGUGUUACUAUUGUAGAUCAUAUGUGACCGUGUUUACGAAGAAAAGUACAGAUGUGACAUGAUGUCAUUCAUAGCAAACAUUGUUCAAAAUAACAUCAUGUGUACUUUCAGUGUGGCACAUGUCGGGCAUCUAUCUGUUGCCAAUUUUAUCAACAUGUAAUUGUUUAAUGUUAUAACUGUGACAUCAUGGCAAGACCAAGGUCAUUGGGAACUUUGUCUAAAGCUUCUCCAACUGCUGUCUGGCAGUGACAUGGAUUGAGGUACGUUUUUACUAUUCACAUGGUUUGAAAUACUACCGUCUCAACCAGUCAACAUCACUAUGGGCCGGGAGAUUAUUUUACCUGACAUACCGUCAAACUAGCAACUAUUUGUCAUUGAUAUUCACACAUUAGUGUGAGUUGAUCAUGUUUGGUCCAUUAGCAGAAUGUAUCACUUGCUGGACCUAAUAUCUGGAAGGAAUUUCAGCCAAUUUCAACACCUGAUUCAGUACAAAUAAAAGGUAAGCCAUCAUGAUUUUGUCUCUCUAGUUUGUAGAUGCGGUCACACAUACAUGUGUGUAUAUGUGUAUUCAGGGGCCUAAUUCACAAAGCUCUCUUCGGCUCAAUUAGACAACAAAGCAUCCUCUUUGCAAGUCUUUUAGCAUUGUACUGUGAUAUCGCAAAGUUGUGAGAGUUUCGUGAAUUAGGUCCCAGAUAUUCAGCCAGUAUUAUAUACAGUGUAAUACUGUUGUGAAUCAUAUAAUCGUGUGUAUAUGUGUAUUUAUUUAUGUGUACAAUAUUCAUUUUUAUCUAUCCCUACUGAUAG